AUGUCUGCUGCCAAGAUGGUCCCGUCUUGUCGGUUCGAAGGGCCAAGGGAGCUGGGACUACAUUACCCUAACCCUUGGUUUUCAUGGCCUAGCUGGGCUCUCUGCGAUUUGCCUUCUCUUCUCCGUAGACUGCUAGUAUUGUCAUUUAAGGUUAGAACAGAAGUACCAUGUCUGGCACUGUCUAAAACCUAUGUUUUCUUCUCUCGCUUGCCCUCGCAUUCUCGGGGCAAGCCCACGCUUUUGGGGCGGACCAGAACUGGCGUCAUGGUGACUAUCGAAGACGCGCUGUUGACUCUGUUUCUCCAGGCUGUUGAUGUCGGUACUUUGAAAUAUGUAAGCGCUGAAGCAAUCCGCAUCCUGAUUUGGGUGCUCGGAUUUAUGAGUUUUGGGCAAGCUACUGAGUUCUCCCACUAUGCUAUUGAUGAGGAGCAUGAGCCGUCAGUUGAUCCUAUGACAGCGACAGAGGAUAUUGGUAUUGCUACAUCUGCAGGUCUUGUACGGCGUGUCUUCCGUCAGCUGAGUCUUAUUGAGAUGGGUGAAACAGAUCUUUUCCCACAUGUCGGUCGUAAUACAAAAUUUGAGCUCCAUGGUGCGGAGAAUGACGUCUACCCUGUUGUUACCGGCACUUUCGGCGGGGGGGACUUUUUUCACUCCGUUUUAGGUGAGCUUUCGGAUAAGGUCGCACAGUCUGAAAUCCAAUCUUUGGAAGGUGUCAUUACUGAUUCACAAAGUCGUUCGCCCUCUGAGAGCUUCGUACAGGAUCUUCUCAGCAUGAUCCCUGCUGGAUUAGUAGACGACAGUGAAGCUCAGGCAACUCAAAUGGAAGAAUUCAGGACACAGUCAGAGAAUGCUAAGAAACAAAGCCAAGAUGUAUCGCCGCGUGAGCCAGAAGAAUGGACCUGCUACCUGGAAGGGGUGCAUCGGCAAAUCCACCCCUUGUUGGAGUGGCAUGAUGAGAUUACAAAGUCGAUCAACACUGCUAUCGAGAAAAUACCUGUUCUACCAGAAUGGGUGGAGCUUCAAACUGGCUCCUCCAAGAUUAUUCAAAGUAGCAGGGAGCAACAGCACAUUGUCUUUGAAAACGAUGAAUCAUCGAACCCCACCCAUUCUAUGCUUUCUAAGGAUCAUUUCUCAAACGUUCUUAACGAACCAGCAGGUCGGGUAGCCUCCCAAAUUAUCAAGUGGACUGUGCCACAGCUCAUGGAGUGCUGGGAUAGUGAAGAAAUUGAUAUCACAAAAACUUUGGACAGAAUAAUCGUGGGCGUGUUCUAUCGCCCUGCCCUUCGUGAAUCUGGAGAAGAUGGUGCAGCCGAUGUACGCCAGAUCAUGUUCCAUACAUACCUGCGCGGACAGCUCACCCGCCAAGGCGUAUUUGAAGGCAAAAACCAUAAGGAAGGUGUGCACGACACCGGUCAUGGCUGCGGUAAGCCACUUGCGUUACGCAAAGGCGGCCAUGGCAACCCCUUUGAACCCAGCGGAUCUAAUAUUAGCUUGGGGGAAGCUGCGGCCGCCGCUGCUGGUGACGGAACACUCAGGGGCCUAGUCAGCGGCCUUGAACCAUACCACGAGGAAGCAUCACUUGAAGAACAGCGCCCACCCUGGAAGGUUAGACACGAAAAUUACGAUGAAAAGUGGCGUGGAGACCAUUGGAACUAUGAACAUGAAUCAUAUGAUCACUACGUGUCUUCGUUGGGUAGCAACGGCCAGACUUAUGGAUAUAAUUCGGAGGAAACCUACAGAUUUGGACUGAAUGAGUAUAGCGAUGGCAAUGGAGAACAUCGCUAUGGUUACGGCAACCGCCCUAUGUCUCCAGAGGAGUAUGGUGCAGACCACUACAGUAGCAAAAGCGAUGACUACAUGGAACGACAGUACAGACAUUGA